CUACAGAAAAAAUUUAUGGGCUGGGAAUAUGCAGUCUGCACAACCGACUCGCUAAGGUCCCUGCACUGAAUUAAGGAGGCUCCGCUGGACCCGAGUGCGCGUCUUGUCUCCGCCCCCCGACGAGGCACAGCAUCCAUCCUCAUGCGUUCGCACGCAGCGUGAUCUCUAUCACAAACCGAGAGCGGCGGCUUUGCUGAUCCGAUGGAGUAGUAGUACUAGUAGUAGUGGAACUGCUCACGGGUUCCUUUUGCCCUUUUCUCCUAUCUUCUUUUCAUGGAUUUGCCCUUUCUCUGGAAUAUUGCUUCAUCCCAUCGCGAGUAAACUGCUGUGAAUCCUGAGAGGAGGAGUCUCCCAACAGGAGAUGAGAUGGCGUCCAACAAUACCCUGCGUAGCUACUCCAUCAUCCCAUGUUUCAUCUUUGUAGAGCUUGUCAUCAUGUCUGGCACGGUGCUGUUAGCCUACUACAUGGAGUGCACAGACCUGUUCAGCGUGCACGUGCAGGGUUUCUUCUGUAAUGAUGCUGAGCUGAUGAAGCCGUACCCUGGCACAGAGGAGUCCAGCUUCAUCCCCCCCCUCAUCCUGUACUGCGUGGUAGCUGCCGCUCCCACCGCUAUAAUUUUCAUUGGAGAGGUAUCCAUGUAUGUGAUGAAAUCAACAAGGGAAGCUCUCCUGGCCCAGGAAAAAACCAUUGUGACAGGAGAGUGUUGUUACCUCAACCCCCUUAUCCGCCGUAUCAUACGCUUCAUAGGUGUGUUUGCAUUCGGUCUGUUUGCCACAGAUAUCUUCGUCAACGCGGGCCAAGUUGUGACAGGAGGACUCUCCCCCUACUUCCUGUCUGUCUGCAAGCCCAACUACACUGGUACAGAUUGUCAUUUGAAUCACCAAUUUAUCAUCAAUGGCAACAUCUGCACUGGGAAUCCUGUUAUUGUGGAGAACGCCCGCCGGUCGUUCCCAUCUAAGGAUGCUUCGUUGAGUGUCUACUCUGCUGUUUACCUGACGAUGUACAUCACCAGCACCAUCAAGACCAAGUCCAGCCGCCUAGCCAAGCCUGUGCUCUGUCUGGGUACACUCUGUUCGGCCUUCCUGACAGGCCUCAACCGAGUCUCAGAGUACCGAAACCACUGUUCCGACGUAGUGGCUGGAUUUAUACUGGGGUCAGCUGUCGCUCUCUUUCUGGGUGUAUGUGUUGUAAACAACUUCAAAGGAGUCCACAGUGCAGCAGUUAAACAGAAGACUGAAGACUACCGUGGCCUGCCUCUAAUGACCUUCCCCCGCGUAGAGAGUCCUCUGGAGACCCUCAGCGCACAGAGUUCCUACAGAGAGAGGGUGUUAUGUUAAUCAACUAAAGAAAGGAACCACUCAGCAUCGAUGACAGAGGUCACAUGACUAAGGGGGCAGCACCGGGUCACGUUUGCAUCUCCACAGCACUUCCAGACACAAUGACGAGGACGCAUGACACGUGGCUUCGAAUGCUUAACAAAAAACAAACAAAAACCCCACACACACUCCUGAUUUAUCUGUUUAAAUGGAGGACAAAAUACACCAUGUUUGUAAUGGUUCUCAUGUAAAGGGGCUCGGCUCAGUUCAACCUGCCGAGGCAUGCAGCUCAUGUCAGAAUUAUCACAUGCGAACUUAAGCACAGGUUGUUUAUCCAGACUUUUGAAACCAUUUGAAACAUGGGACAUUUUUUUCCUCCAAGAUGUGCUGUUUGUACUUAGAGGACAGUGUUUUGUACAUUUUGUAUGAGUGAGUGCUGUAGCCUAUCCUGACGGUGUUAAACCUGCACACUUCCUGUCAGCUGACUCACUCUGUUUUACAUCACAUCCUGUCGGGUGAAACGCCUUGUCCAUUACUACAUCUAUCUCCCUUAGUCUGAAAUAUCUGCUAUGGAAAAAAAUAUUGAUGUUGUCGUUCUGUGGUGUUUGUCAUUUGUACAGAAAAAAAGAGAAUCCUUCUUUUUAUUAUCUCUUUCUGUACAUUAAUUGACCAUGUCAGGUCAUAUUUUGUAAAGAUUUUUUUGUUAAUCUGUAUGACUAUUAUAAUCCAUUUGGACCUGUUUGCCUGCUGUAAAUCUGGUUUCAGUAUCAGUUUUGGUGUUUUGGGGAAUGACCCUUCUUUCCUUUGGAGAAAAUGACAAGAAGAGUCGGUGACAUCCUAUGAGUCAGAAAAUGGGGUUUGGCACCUGCAGUGCCACAGUAUCAGCCACAAUGUAUGAAAAUGUGAUUGGUUGAAAUUGUCUAUGUGAGUGUGUUUCACCCCAAAUUCCUGAUUCACUGUGAUGUAAAAAGGAACUUCUUCAGAGAGGUCCAGUGGGGCUAGCUUGCUUCAGAUGUACCUGAAGAUGCCACUGGUAUAGCUUUACAAUUAAAUUUAUACCAGAAUCCCAAUGGAAGACAUCCUUACAAAAUAUACACUAAGGGGGAAAAAAUAAAAAUGCUCUUUGGAGGGAAAAUGAGUGACUUACUUACAACAAGUCCCGGCUAGCCUUUUUAAUGGAAACCAGGCUAAUCAUUCAUCCUUCACUUUUCCUCCUUGAGCCACCCCUCCCUGACCCACCAGUGGAUUGUGAUGCAAUGUUGUGACUCCAUUUUCUGUUGGAAGAUAUGCCCAGCAUGAAGAAAGAAGUCAAGAUGUUAAUAGAUAUUCAUGAUUUGAAUUAUGCUCAUUAUCAUAGUGAUUAUAAUUGUCUUUUAUUUUGAAAACAAACAAAAAAAGGAUCUGAAAUGCUGCAUAUAUUUUUUUUCUUGGUUUGUUCACAAAUUAAAUAGUCAGUAGCAGCAA